CACUACUAUAUAACAAAUAAUUUGAGUCAUGACGUUUCAGCCACACAUAAUUAUCCGGGCUCCAACCACGCUACCAAUGCAGAUGCCCAUACACAUGGGUAUUCCUAUCGGUAUCCAACCUGUGAUGACAUUUCAAACCCAUCAUAGGGUAAGGGAUUUGACGAUUCUCUUACAGCCGCACUACAACAAUCACAACAACAACCCCGGUGUUGUACAGCCCAUACCUGGACAGCCAACUACAACUGUGUUUAUCGGGAAUAUUAGUGAACGAGUCCCUGAUAACCUCAUCAAACAAGUUCUAAUUAAAUGUGGUCCGAUCAUCUCUUGGAAAAGGGUACAAGAUGCGUCUGGCAAAAUGCAAGCGUUUGGUUUCUGCGAAUACCGGGACCCUGAAGCUACUCUAAGAGCAUUAAGAAUCUUGAAGGACCUGGAGAUAGCCAAUAAAGCGCUUCUUGUUAAGGUUGAUCAAAAAACAAAAGAUCUGCUGGACGCACAUAUCAAGAAGAAGAAAAGUAAGCUGAAGAUGCCAGAAAAUGACAAUGCCCUGGAUGAGCGUACCAAGAAAGAAGACCAGCAUGUACUGAAGGAGAUAAACGCGAUGAUAAACGCUAACAAAGACUUGUUCACGAAGGAGGAGGAUAACCCCGACUCAACUGCCAACGUGCUCGCUGACAAGGCACUCAAGCGUAUUACUGGGCAGCGCGUCGAGGGGGAGACCCAAGACAGCAACGUUAACCUGGAGGCGGAACGUGAGAGUCUAGUUGAGCGAGAAAUUCGCAGUUUUAGGGACACUUACAAGGACAAGCAGGAAGAUAGACCGAAAAGAGGGGGAAGACGUGGUUCCCGCGACGAUUCAAGAGAGCGGAGUCGCGAGCCACGCUCGCGCGAGAGGAGCAGAGAUCGCAGCCAGCGACCCCGCAGUCCCCCGAAGAGGGUGGAGGAAAGGAGAAGAGAGAGAAGUGAAGAUAGGAGAAGGAGGAGGAAGUCUCCUUCUAGAGAGCGUUCUAAAAGAGGAUACGAAUCAGGCGGGUCGGACGACGAAAGGAGAUCUGAGCGAAGAGAUGAACCCAGUGACGAAGCUCAAAUUAGAAAAAAGUUGGAGAAGAAAAAGAGAGCACGAUACGACGCGUACAGGAAGAGACUAGACGGCUGGGAACUGAGGGAACGCCAGAAGAGGCGAGAGUACGAGGCGUACGAGGACCACGAGGCUGAGAGGAAAGAAGAGCAGGCAAAGGAGAGGAAGAAGAUCGCUGCGUUUCUUGAAGAUUAUGAAGAUGAACGUGACGAUGAAAAAUACUACAGAGGUUCGGCACUGUCGAGGCGUAUUCGAGACAGAGAAAGGGAAAUAGAGUCAGACGAGAGGGACAGGAAGAAGGAGAAGGAAGAAGUAGAGGAACUGAGACGCAGACUCCAGGAGGAAUACCCUGAUAAGGAUCCUGAUGAGCUGAUCGCUAAAUUAAACAAAGCAGAAGAGAGUGGAUCUGAGGAGUCACCUGAUUCCUCGCCAGUCCACGCUGCUAAACCCCUCGUUCCAAACCUUUCAGAAAUCUCACUUCCAGCUCAGAUAAUCGAACCACCCUCCAGUGACAGGCCCUCCAGAGAUAGGCACUCUAUCGAUAGAUACUCCCGAGACAGACAUUCCAGAGACAGACAUUCCAGAGACAGAUCUGUCACUCCUAACAUGCCUCCUGCUCCUCCAGCCACCAUAAUCAUUAAACAACCUGCCAUGAAGGCUGUUCCUAAUGCUUCCCCAGCUGCAAACUCUAAUAAUGGCCCUGUUUUUGGUUUCCAGAUGAAAACCGGAAAAUCAUCCGAGUCGACGACAACCAUACAAUUAGGCGGUAAACGUAAGAAGCUGGAGGUGAGCAAUGUCUUCAAUCAAGACGAGGACGAGGAAAACAAUGACAACUCUCGAAAAUUAAAACUGUCACUACCUUCAGCGGAGGACAAGAGGUUGACGGAUUCUCUGAUAAAGAACAACCCACUUUCGGGAAAAUCUAAUCCUCUCCCUCAUUCUGCUGACACACCUGAAGAAAAACCUACCAUCAGUGCAGAGGAUAAGCGGAAAAGCAUAAAACAGCUAAUUGACAAGAUUCCCACACAAAAAGAGGAACUGUUCGCUUAUCCUUUGGACUGGUCCGUACUAGACAAGGAUCUGAUGGAGCGCCGAGUGAAGAGUUGGAUAAACAAGAAGAUAGUGGAGUAUAUUGGGGAGGAGGAGCCCAGUUUGUGUGGAUUUAUCUGCAGCAAAGUUCUCGCUCAAUCUCAGCCUGAAAACAUUCUUCAAGAUGUCGCUAUUGUGUUAGAAGAGGAGGCAGAGGUGUUCGUUGUCAAAAUGUGGCGACUUCUCAUCUACGAGACAGAAGCAAAGAAACUAGGUCUUGUGAAAUGAAACCUGUGUGCUGCCGAGCCGUGUGCUGCCACAUUUAUAGUUUUCCCGUGAAAUUGUCAGAAAGAUCAGAAGGUAUGGGUAAGUUGGAGUGUUUUUCUCUUCAGUUUCAAAUGAAAUGAGUACAAGAAAGUGAUGUAUACUUGACUGUGGGGCGGGCUUUCAGUUGCUUAAAUUAUAUCGAUGGACAGUUUUUAUUUUCGUUUAAUCAAAAUCGCCAAUUGUCUUUUAAGGAUAGGGUAGUCAGUACUAGUAUGCAGUGCCAAAUGAAUGAUGAAUCUGCCCACCCCCAUCUGCCGUACUAUAAAUAAGUUUCCAAAAUAUAAAACUGCAUGAAAUGUUGUUUAUGUGAUCCUACUUUAGAUUGGCACUGCAGAAUAUAAUAAUGUGUAUUUAGGGUAAACUUAUGACAGUUCGCACUUAAUAGUAAUAAGUUAAAAUUGAAUUACCCUAUAUAUGUUGAAUAAUUUAUGUUAGCAUAAAAUAUCUAUGAAGCUGUUUUAUUCUGAACGAAUUUUGUCCAAUUCUUACAUAUGAUUCUGUUUUAUUGAUAUUAGAAA